AUGCGAGUACUGGUUCCUCGGUUCCCCACUCCCCGCGCGGUUCAAUGCCGCCCCCGGAUUUCACACCGCCAGCGUAUUCUGGCUUGUGGUGUCCGAUUCAACAAUUCCAGUGCUGGAGCAGAUAGAACAAAGAGCGGUUAUAGUCCCUCUUACUCGGAUUCCUCUACAAACCCGCCGCCGCCCUUUUGGACGUCCAGCAAAGCGCUGUUGAUCUCCGCAGCAACUGCGGGGUUGGGGUAUGGCUAUGCGUCGUACCAGAGCACAGAAUCAACACCCACGAAGCCACAGUAUGGCUCGGCCAAAGACUUCGAAAAGGCCAUCCAAGAAAUCCGCACCAAGCUCGGCGACGACGCUGUCAGCACCGACGAAGACGAGCUCCAGCAGCACGGGUUCUCAGAAUGGUCAAGUCUCAACGCCGACCGACUACCCGUGGCAAUCGCCUACCCCCAAACCACAGAAGAGGUAUCCGAGAUCGCCAAGAUCUGCCACAAGCACCGCAUGCCCAUGAUCCCGUACUCGGGCGGCUCGAGUCUCGAGGCCAAUUUCUCCGCGCCGCACGGGGGCAUGACCAUCGAUUUCGCAUUCAUGAACCGCAUCCUGACGAUCCACGAGGAGGACAUGGACGUGGUGGUGCAGCCGUCGAUCCAGUGGAUGGAUCUGAACGAGAAGAUCAAGCACACGGGUCUCUUCUUCCCCGUGGACCCGGGGCCGUCCGCCAUGAUAGGGGGAAUGGUUGGCACAAACUGCAGCGGGACGAAUGCUGUGCGCUAUGGGACGAUGAAGGACUGGGUGAUUAACCUUACUGUUGUGCUGGCGGAUGGCCGCGUUCUCAAGACGCGGAGACGGCCGCGGAAAACCUCGGCUGGGUAUAACCUCACCGGCAUGUUUGUUGGCUCCGAGGGCACGCUGGGGAUUGUGACUGAGGCGACGUUGAAACUUGCUGUGAUUCCCGAGGAGACUCGGGUUGGGGUGGUUGCGUUCCCGACGAUUCGUGAUGCCGCCUCGACUGCCAUGCAGCUGAUUCGCAAAGGGAUUCCCGUGCAGUGCAUGGAGGUAUUGGACGAUGUGCAGAUGGACGUCAUUAACCGGGCCGGGGGUACGGGUCGCUCCUGGAAGACCUCGCCGACACUCUUCUUCAAGUUUUCUGGGACUACGGCAGGUGUCGCGGAUAGCAUCAACUUGACCACGAAGCUCGCCCAGAAUAACAGCGCAGAAUCCUUUGAGUUUGCCCAAGAUGAGCGUGAAGCCCAUGACCUCUGGUCUGCACGCAAGCAGUCACUGUGGAGCAUGAUGGCCUUGCGCAGAGAAGGCUCCGAGGUAUGGUCGACAGAUGUCGCCGUGCCGAUUUCCAGGUUGCCUGAUAUCAUCGAAAUCUCAAAGAAAGAACUCGAUGAUCUCGGCAUGUUCGCCAGUGUUCUCGGACACAUUGGGGACGGCAACUUCCAUGCCAGCAUCAUGUAUGACCGACACAAGCCCGGCGAAAGGGAGAAAGUCGAAAAAGUAGUUUAUGACAUGGUUGAUCGUGCUCUUGACAUGGAGGGUUCCUGCACUGGAGAACACGGUGUAGGUCUAGGCAAGAAAGACUCCCUCAAAAAAGAGCUGGGCCCGGGAACCAUCGAUAUUAUGCGCAGCAUCAAGCGCUCACUGGAUCCGCACUGGCUUUUGAACCCGGGAAAGAUUUUCGACAUGGAAGACGACGCAUAA